AAUCAUCAUGAUCUCUUUUCAUUAAAAGCCAUUUAUUCAUUCUUCACACUUAGGACACAGGACCUGUCCAACCCUAGAGCCCAGUGCUGUGGGUCCUGGCUCACUGGUAAUCUGCACAGCAAUUCCCAGUAAAGGCCCUGUUUUCACCCCUAGGGAGCUGGAUAUGUAACAUAAAAUCCGUAGCCAUCCAUGAUCCACUGUCUCUUCUUAGCCUGGAACAGUGUCCCUCUUUCUGAUGUCCUCUUUCACUAUUGUCCAAGGCAAUCCCUGCUCUCUGCUGCCUCUCCAGGAAACAGCAUUAUCACCAAAAUGAGCUCAGGCUUUCAUGAGACAGGAGAGAGAGAGUGGUUAACAAGUGGCAACUGUUUUCUUCCAGCUCUGAAAGCAAGGAGCACUGCAAAGGGCCUGGCUACAUUUAGGGAAAACUAUAAGGAAAACAAAAGUAUUUCAGACAUCAAGAUGGCAACAUACACACAUGAUCAACACAGUCUUUCUCUAGGACAUGCAAACCUCAGAAGAUCAAUGGUCAUAGAAAUCAUAGAAAAAAAAAUUGAGUAUCUCAGAAAAGAAAAAACUUUAAAUAUAUACGGAACAAUGAUGAUUGGAACAACAGCUAGUUUCUCUGGAUUGCUGGCAAACUUCAUUUUCAGACACUGCUUCAGGGUUAACCAUGAUGCUUUGAAGACAUAUGUAUCAUUGAGUAUACUUCCAUUUUUGUCUACUGUAGUUGCUUAUAAGUUCCUUGUCACGGAUGCUUUGUAUUCAGGUAAUAUAAGUCAGGAAAGCUGUGCUCUGAGAAGUUCACUGGUUAGCAUAGCAUGUGGUGUUUUGUAUCCCACUGCUUUGGCUUUUUCUAAAAAUGGACGUCUGGCAGUAAAGUAUCAUACUGUUCCACUGCCACCAAGGGGAAGAGUUUUACUUUAUUGGGUGAUGCUUUGUCAAAAAGAGAUAAAAGGAAUGGUAAUUCCUCUAGCCUUUCAGGCGUCCUUGGGAAUAUAUAAUGGUAUACAACAUUAUGCAAUAUUUGAAAGUACGUUAGAGAAAACUGUACAUGAAGAUUGACCAAAGAAUGAAUGGAUUUUUAUGGUGAGGACUCAGGUAUUGCUGAAAGAGUUCGAAGUAACUCUGGACAAAUUAUUUCUGUUCUUUUUGCCUAGUAUAUACAGGUUCUCAGUAAAUAUUCAGUAGUUCAAUAAAUAAAUGUAAGUUUUGUCUUUCUUCCUCGGUGUAUGUGGAAAUAGGUUUGAGGUCUCAAGUUCUGAUCUAUACAUUAAUAUACCCAUUCAUUCAUGUGCUCCUGCUGCAGCUUAGGCACUGCAUCAUAUGUAAUAAAAAAUAGUCCUCUCCAGAAGGAACUCAUAAUUAGAAGAGAAAUUAAAAAUGGAACACAUAGCAUGAGCAGGUUUGAGAGCUAUACACAUAAUUCUGUGGAAACACUGAGGAUGUGACCAUUAACUACUUGGGCAGAAGGGAAAGCUAUAGGGACAAAGUGACAUUUGACUUAAAUUUUACAGAGUUCAUAAGAAAGUUGGAAGUUCAUAAGAAAGCAAAAUACAGAAAUAGCUUACAGCCCAUUCCUCUAACCUCUAAUUCAAUAUAUAUACUAACUUACUGUUAACAAAUUAUUUUCACUAUGCUGUUUAAAGAACAUAUAUUGAGUGCCUGUUUGCUAUGCAUUCACAUAGGCACCAGAGGUACAAAGAUUCAGUCCCUGCCCUUAACAAGUUUAAAGUCUAAAGAAAAACAUCACAGCUGCUUCUUUAUAUCUGCUAGAGCAUUUAUCUUAUUUCAGGAAUGAACACUGUCUGAUGAAAAGAAUAAAACAGAAUGGAAUCCCACAUCUCUUUCUCCUUGUUUUAACCAUUUAGUGAGAUUAAAUAUUUGGUCAUCUGAGGCCCCAAGCAACCCAAAGAAGAAAUGGAAGUCUUGAUAAGGUACUUACGGCAUCAUAUACAACUAACUGAAACACAUGCAUUUUUUUGCUAAUGAAAAAAAAGGCUGGUUAGUCAUCCAGCUUUGUAUUCUCAGAAUAAUUUGUGAUACUUGAAACUCUUAAGGAAAGGGAGAGGCAGGGGGUGGGUGGUUAUGGAGGGGCAGGGGGGGAUCAAGACAAAUAGGAAGUUAAACCAAUGAUACUCAUACUUCAAAUCUUAAAAAAUCAGUAUGAGUGCAUAAAUACUUCCCUAUUGAGAUAUUCAAAUGAUCCAGAAGUAUACAUGCAGGGUGGGGCAAAAGCAGGUUCACAGUUGUGAAUAUGGGAAACACAGAGAAUACUUGUAUUAUUAUUUAUUGAUUAUCCUAUUAUUUUCCAUGUGAACAACUGUGAACCUACUUUUGCCUCACCCUGUGUAUAUAUCUGGUAAGUAGAACAAGACUUGAAAAGUCCUCCUCUCCCACUGUCCUAUUUCUACUCCAUGCUCCAGAGGUAGCUACUCUCAAGAUAGCAUGCCUCUUUCCUUGCAGUAUUCCUUUGUAAUUUACAUAUUUUAAAAUAAAUUGUAUUAUCCAUAUGUACUAUGCUGAAAUUCACUUGACUAUAUGUCUUAGAGAUCUUUUCAGCUCAUCACAUCUAGGUCCAACACAUUCUUUUUAGUGGUAGUACAUUCUUGAUCACUCUAGUAUUUACAUAGGUGAUCCUUCCAACACCCUGGUCUGUUUACCCUUAUUACCACUUAUUCCCAUGGUCAUACUUUAGACCCACCCGUCUGAUAUUAUAGUAGCAUUCGAAAUGUGUUAUGAGUGUAAACUACACAUUAAGUUUUGGAGAUUUACUGUGUAAAAGAGAAUGUAAAAAUCAUGAAUAAUUAAUCUACUGAUUAGUUGUUGAAACAUUAAUCUUAGUUAUUUAUAUUGGACUAAAUAAAACACAUUACCGGUAAAUUAAUUUUACUUCUUUUUUUAAUGUGUCUAGUAGGAAAUUUAAAAUUAUGUAACUCACAUUAUAUUUUUAUUUGUACUAUGUUGCCCUAGACCUUGUCAUUAUCAAUAAAUCCAGAUGCUCCACAUUCUCAGUUUUAAAAUCUGACUUUAUUACUGUAUCCUGUCCUUCAAGUUCAUCUCACUCUCAUAUCACAACUCCAGCAUUACAUUAACCUCAACAGAACCUAUAAUCCAUCGAUCCCACUACCUUUUCACUGCCCCCCACACCCUCACAUUGUUACUGCCCUUCUCCAACUUCAGCCACAUCAGUCUUUUUUAAAGUUUUCCAGUCUUGAAAUGAAAAAAUGAAUCUAGCUAGACUUGACUUUUAAAUAAGGAUAAUGGCCUCUUCCUUUGUGGAUUUUCUGUUCAUGUCUUUGGACCAUUUGAUCUGUAGAAGCUCUAUAAAUCUCGUAUUAAGCUCCAAAAAUUGCUUUAUUUUUUCAUAUGCUUAGGUAGUACUCUGGGAAAUACAGCAAGGUUGACUUACAUAUAGCUCCCCUGCCAUAAGAAAGCUGAAGAGAUUUGUACCUCAUUCCGUGAUUUCAGUUUGCCUUUUCUACAAUAGAAAAACCUGGGAGUUCUUUGCAAAGUGACUUUAAUAGAUCUGAAAGGGGAAAUUAGGGAAACCUUGAUCUGAGUCUGAACCCAAAGACAAAAAUAAAUGUGAACCAGAGUGAAGAAAAGUAGCGAGGUACUAGAGGCAAGAUAGUUCAGAGGUGUCAAGUACAGCCUGGAGCUCCACUAUCAAUGUUCAAAUCGGGGCUUCACUAAUCACCAACAGGAUGACUUAACAAGUUAUUUCACCUCUCUGCACCUCAGUUCCCUCAUCUGUAAAAUGAAGAAUAAAGACUGUAUUAAGUCAGGAUUAGUUAAUAUAUGUAAAUCAAACAAGAAGUCUGUAUGUGUUGCUACCCUUAUUAUUUGUACUACAUACACAGUCCUUUCCCUAGCUUGUAGUUGAGUUUAGCAUUUUUCCAGGAAAGAUUAUAAAGAA